AUGCUUCACAACUUGGAAUCUGCAACCAUCCCUCUUGGAACAUCGCCAUUGCCUAUCAGUUUGGAAGCUGAAUCAUCCAUCCACAACCAGUACAGACAUAUUCUUCUAGGCAAUGGGUGUUGCGGCACGGAGGAUUGGAGAAGCAGUUUGCCUGAAGACCCCGUGAUUGACUUGGGCAAUGUAUGUUGUGGCAUGGAGGAUUGGAGAAGCGGUUUGCCUGAAGACCCCGUGAUUGACAUUGCAGAAUCUAGGACCAUGAGUUCUGGACCGGAAUCUACGAUAUACCACCACACACAGUUUCUUGGGGGCACUGCAGGUACAAACAUGGAGGAACGGAUACCCGGACUGCCUGAAAACCUGAGGAAUAUGGACAAUGUGGCAUAUAGAACCAUGCCUCUUGGAACACUUCCAUCCGGAUCAAAAUCCGACAAAGAGACACAGAUUUUUCAAAGCAUUUUGUGUUCUAAUAUGGAGGAGUCAUCGAUAUACGACAAAGCGAUACAUAUUCUUCAAAGCGAUCUGUGCUUUGACAUGGAGGAAUGGAGAAGGGGUUUGCCUGAAGACUUGAUGAGUGAUAAUUUGGAAUCCAGAAACAUAGCUCUUGGAACAUUGCCGUUGACACUCAAUCUCGGAGUGGAGUCAUGA